AUGGAGAUCCAAAUUAAGGGUAAGGUUUUCAAAUUGGAGUUGAUUAAUGGUUUUGUAAAAUUUCGUGAAUUGUUUAAGAAUCGGGAACGUUGGGUUAAUUUCCCAAUUAAUUUGGUCAAAUGGGUUUCCAACGUGCUUAAUUGCUGUUCGAAUUUGAUUGAGUUCGAACACUCUAUCCGUCGUGGUCAUCUUUGGUGGAAAAUUCAGUCAGGUUGUAAUAAAUGGGGGUGGUUUUUGAAACUAAGCAUUGUCAUUAAGGGUGUAACGUACUCAGUUUUUGUCCCUGCUUCUUCUAGUGUUAAUCCAUGGAAUAGAUUUGUUAAUGCUUUUUUUCAUGUUAUUGGUCACGAGAUGAAGCAGCCCUCUGCAAGUUAUGAAGGAUUAUGUAAGAAUGUCAAUUUGGAUUUUAUUGAUGUGCACAAAGGAAAAAUAGAGUCAUUGUCUGAAGUUAGUGAGCUUAAAUUAGAAGUGGAUGCUCUUCUUCAAAUGGAGAAUGAUAAAAAUUACCCUUCUAUUAUAUCAAAUGGCAUUGCAGAAAAUGUUAAGAGCUCUAGUGAUAUCAGUUGUUUGUUGCAAGAUGUGUCUGUUGAAAAUGUUGUUAGUAAUGAAAAAGUACCAAAGAACUCUAUUGAAAAUAAUGUUGUUGUUAAUGGAGUUGCUAGUGUUCAAUGUUCUUCUUAUGAGAAGAGCAUGGAUGCAGGUUCUUAUUGUUUGGAUGGAUUUGUUGAAUCGGAUGGUGUUGUUAGUGAUGGUAGGAGUAUGUCUUUGGAGCCUAAUGGGAGCAAUAAUGUGUCAAUUCCUCACUUUCAAUGGUCAGCAAAGAAAAAUAAUGGUCGUCUUUCUCAACAUUUGGGGGUUCAUAACAAAUCAGAGAAGAAAAUAUAUCACCAUUACUUCAACAUCUUGGCCAUUGACAGAAUGACAUGGUCGGCGUUGCCACCGGAUUUGCUAAUAUCCGUUGCGCAACGCCUCGAAACGAGAAUGCAGAUCAUGAACUUGAGGGCAGUCUGUCAGACAUGGCGGAGUUCAAUCCCUAUGUCUGUACUCAGCUCAAGGAGCAUCUUAUCACCUCUUUUCCCUUACAAAGGUAAAACUCAUUCUUCAGUUUUAGUGGCAAGUUCUGUAUUUCUUGUGCGAUCAUCUGUUAAUCACAAGCUACACCCAUGGUUGUUUACUGUUGAAGAGUUGAACACAGGUAAACUAUAUGUCAGAGCACCACUUUCUCGAGUUGUUGUUGUUACUAAAGGUCUAUUUUUUCGUUUCCAAUGUACUCUGAAUUUGUCUGAUUUUCACAUAUUGGAAAUGGGUAGAUUCUAUACUUUUAGAAGAAUGGAUAAACCUCAAGAAAUGUUCUCUGAGAAGAGAUUAUCUGAAUAUGAUAAUAAGGUGGUUUUGUUUGUGAAUCCCAACUGUGAAACUGAAACUUCUCCUACUACUAUUGAUGACUGUACUGUCAUAGAGUUGUAUGAUCAGGUGGAUUAUUUAUCCACAACAAGGCUUAAAAAUGGAGAAAAGGAGCAAGUUAAUUUCAGAAGCAGGGAAUUGGAUGAUAUAGUGAAUUUCAAUGGAAGGAUUUAUGCAGUUGAUUAUGAAGGUAGAGUUUGUUCAAUGGAUUAUCAUUCGUUAAGGAUGUCGAGUGUUACAGAAAAUCCAUUGCCUGGUGGAUCGAGAAGCAAUUACAAGAAACGUUUAGCUGUAUUAGGUGAAGAACUGUAUUUAGUUCAUAGACGAUGUCAAAUAAGUGAUUAUGAUGGAGCUUUUAAGGUUUAUAAGCUUAAUGAGGAACAUCAGAAAUGGGAUGAAAUUGAAGGUAUAGGUGAUGAUAAGAUACUGUUUGUGACUUUUGAUGGGUGCUUCUUUGCUUUAGUUAAGGAUUUUCCAGGAUGGAAAGGCAAUUGCAUUGUAUUUCGUAGAGGUAGUUUCCCAGAAUAUUCUGGUAUUAGGAGUUAUGACUGUAAAAUCUUUGAGACAUGGGAUAUUCAUCUUGAUGUUGCUGUUUUUCACUUUGAUGAUGGUGAUUGUAGGCCUGUAAAAUUUUUUCCAGGGUAUUCUGAGGUCAUCUGGCCACCUCCGUCAUGGUUUUGGAGACAUCGAUGAUGAUCGUUGAUAUGGUGAGACUAGUAUCAGCUAUUAUAGAUACAGCUCAAAAAUCGGUAUCAAGAGUUCAUGAAUAAUGGUAACUCAAAGCUGGCCUGGAAAUCUCUGUUUGUUAUAGUACUGUGAUCAGAAUUGAGAAUAGCUGCAAACUCUAGUGGUAUUUUAGUACUUUAUAAACAUUGACGGGUAUAUAUGUAAUUUCUAGUAAAAAUAGGGUAGUAUUUUUGAGUGGCCCUGUGCGAGGGCAGCUUAGAGGAAUUUAAAGAAAAAAAUACGGUCUUAUGAUAAUAUUUAUCUGCUUUAUGAAAAAGCCAUAGUUGUUUAGUACAUAACCUGUUGAUCGGCUGGUUUAAUAUUCUUUCCAUUUUGAACUCAAGUUCUAAGUUUUUUUUUUAC